AUGCUGGCUGCUGCAGCGGCUGCUUCUGGAAGAGACGGCGACAGAGGUGUGGUCGAGGGGGGUGGAAACGCGACACCCUCCGCUGCAUCUGGUGCUGCCGCUGCAGGUCAUAGCCCUCAUCCGCCAAUGAGUCUUCUUUCGCCGCGAAAGGAGAUUCGGGGGGUUGGGGGGCCCUUCCGGGGGGCCUUCUUUUCCCCAGCAAGUACUGGCAGCAUGGGGAGCAGAGGCGCUCUCAACGGGGGAGGCGACUCGAGUCAGGGCAGGAGGGCAGUGAUGAAGGGCCAGCAGGUGUCUGAUCUCUAUACCCGCCUUGAUCCAGGAGUCUCUCCUCGAUGGGGUGAUCUGGAUAGAAGGACUAAGAAGGAGGCAGCGCAUCUGCAAGAGGACGCACCGCUGCACUUGAACGGCCCCCUCUGCACCACCACGCCCUCCUCGCGAAAUGUUGGCGCGUCAAGCGGCAUCUCGCCACCCCCCUUCUCACCCACGCUGCAAGCCAUUGUUACCCCAGGAUCUGCCAUUUUAAGUGCAAUGAUCUCUCCCGCUGUCUCCAGCAAGGAGGGGGAAAACGCGGCUAAGGCUCCCGAAAUACAGAGACGCGGGGAUCAGCUGCCCAGCAGUCCAAUGCAAACGCCACUCAACUCGGCCCGCCAGAGGCCACAGGGGAUGCUUCACCAGCAGCAGCAACAACAACAUGAACAGCAACACGAGCAGGUGCAACAACAGCAACAGCAAGGGCAAGAGCAAGAGCAGAUACAACACCAACAACAGCAACAAGGGCAGAGCAAGCGAAUGGCCAGUGAGCCGCUUCAUGGCGCUUCUCCCCUCCCGCCGUGUGCCUCAGAGCCACAGGGGCCUCUGUGCGAAGAGGAGAAGGAGGAGCAACAGCAACAGGAGCAGCAGCAGCAACAACAGCAACAGCAGCAGUACAUCCAGGGUAUCAUGCAGUACCAUCGGCGUUGGUUUUUCCAGCAGCUGCAGCACUUCAGGAGAACGACACGGCGGGAGCAACAGCAGCGAGCAGCGGCAGGCGGGAAAGGGGCAGCUGCAGCAGCGGCUGCUAUAAGCAUGGGGGAUACUCAACAGAGAGCCGAAAGAUCGUCGGGGGAAGCAGCAGACGCAGGGGGGGGGGCUUGCUGUUGUCAAGGCAUCUGCGAUGCAUGCGCUGUGAAGGUAGACCUGCGGCUGCAUCCGUUCUGUGAGGGCCCCUCCUCCCGGUGUGGGGGUGUCGCGAGAUCUCAAGGGGCCUCCUUGAGAAGACGACCACCAGGCUUUCUCUACAGCGAGGCUACAGCGCACCUCUGGGAGCCUCCGGAAGGGGAAGCGGGGAGGGUGCAAGCGAAGGCGUGGAGGGGCCCCUCCUCGUUGCGUUCGCGGACUACGCUGUCGAGUCGUCGUUCGGCUGCCGCUGCUGCCUCGACGAGUGCGCGCGGCUUCCCCCGGAGUAAACAGCUGUACAUCACGCAGGGGGAGGUGGCUUCGGGGUCGUCUGAGACGGUGGAUGGGGAUCGUUUGCCUCUGGAAGAUCCUCUGGAGAAGGCGCAAGAGGCAGUGUCGGCAGCUUCCCGCAAGCCGCUGCACGGAGUUCAGCGGUUCGCGGGCAUGAACCAUGCUCGACGUGCGUUGCAUCACAUUCAAGAGGGACUGGGAGCAGCGGGGGAUACUGGUGUCUCUCAGGCAAGGAAGAUCACGCAUGGCUUGUUUGGGAGACGGCAGACGCUGGAGCACCGGCAAGCGCGCGUCCUGCGGUAUCACUUGGUUCAGAAAGCGCACGAUCGGAUGCCGUGGUGGCUCGCCCGGCUUGUUGCGUGGUUAGAUGUGGCUUUAGAUAAUUGCAGGAGACGUCGAAAGGUUAUGCAGAAGGCGACAUGGCGUGUGCAUGUCGCAAUGCCUGUAAGGAGCAGCUUCGGCCUCUUUGGGGAUGAUAAAAUAGAGCACUGGUAUGUCCAGUGGCUCUCGGCUUUCAAUAUGCGAUUCCUUGCGCGUAUUACCGGCCCCUUGCUCCUUGCGACUGCCUACGGAGCUGUCGCCCAUGCGCUUAUGCGAGUUAAAGGAUUUGUUGCUGACAGAGAAGGGAGCAUCGCCGAGCUAGAGGUAAUUUUGGUGGCACUGUGGAAGGAGGGAGGGAGACGGUGUACUUUAGGGGUCGGGGAUGGAUGUGGUAUUUUAAGAGGCAUGCUGUAUGGACGGGAGGGAAAGGCUUUUUUUGCACAUGCACAGCAGAUGCACACAGGUACCGGUAAAUAA